AUGUCGCCGCCCAGCAACUCCAACCUCCCCCUGCACAAGACAUUCUUCGCCAGUGCAGUCGCCGCGUGCACUGCGGAGAUCAUUUCCAUCCCCCUGGACACCGCCAAGGUGACGCUGCAGCUGCAGCCAAAGAGCGCGACCCCCCAUUACAAAGGCCUCAUUGGCACGACCCUGACGCUGGCAAGGGAACAGGGUGUUAAGUCCCUAUAUAAGGGCCUUGGGCCUGGCUUGCAGCGCCAGGUCCUGUUUGGGGGCCUGCGCAUCGGCAUGUACGACCCGGUCAAGUCCCUCUUCGUGGGCAAGGACCAUGUGGGAGAGGUGGGCCUGCUCACCAAGAUUGCGGCUGGGAUGACCACGGGGGCGCUGGGCAUCGCCGUCGCCAACCCAACGGACCUCGUCAAGGUCCGCAUGCAAGCCGAGAAGAAGCUGGCCCCCGGCCAGAAGCCGCGCUACCCCGGCGCCUUUGCGGCCUACGGCAUCAUCGCCCGCACCGAGGGUGUGCGCGCGCUGUGGACAGGCCUGGGGCCAAACAUGGCCCGAAACGCCAUCGUGAAUGCUGCCGAGCUGGCCAGCUACGACCAGAUCAAGGAGAAGCUGCUGGCGUCGGGUCUCUUCAAGGACAACGUGUAUUGCCACAUCGCCUCCGGCCUGGGCGCCGGCUUCUUCGCGGUGUGUGUCGGGUCUCCGGUGGACGUCGUCAAGUCGCGGAUGAUGGGCGCCGCACCCGGCAUGUACUCUGGCGUGCUGGACACUUUUGUGAAGACAUUCAAGACCGACGGACCCCUGGCCUUCUACAAUGGCUUUGGGCCCAACUUUGCCCGGUUGGGAACCUGGAAUGUGGUCAUGUUCUUGACCCUGGAGCAGGUGAAGUUGCUCCUGGCGUGA